CUCUCUCUCUCUCUCUCUCUAUCAAUCCUCUCCCUUCUCUCUAGAAUUUCUACGUUUGCUUUGCUGGUUUACCGACUCCGGCUGCUCCCUUAGAGCCGGAGUCGGGUCUUUGCCUUUUGUUUUUUUUUGUCUUUUGGUUCGAUUCUCUAGGGAAAUCCUAUGAUUUUCUCUUGUUCUUCUCAUCGGGUGGAAUAAUCAAUAUUCUGUUCUUGUACUUUCCAAAGGGAUCAAGAGGUUUUAGUUGAUCUUGCUAAGUGUGAAUCGAUCUUUGAUUCUUGAUCUACCUAGUUGAAGCGGGUGGGGUUUUAUUAACCCUCAGAUCUGUUUUUGUCAUAGAAACCUGGUGUUGAAUCGUUUGAAUGAUUUUCAUGUUGGCUUUGAGCUUUCUUUAGCUCACAUAUGGUCUCAAUCUUUGACCUUCUCUGUCUCUCGAGCAAGGUUGAACUUGUUUGUGAGUUGUCUCGUUCCUUGUCAUUUCCUUUAAGAUCUGAUCGAGAUCUUCUCUUCCGUCAAUCUUCAAAUGGCGUUCCUUCUCUGUCUCCGCCAUUCUUGUCGAUUGACUUAUGAACUUAAAUUGUUCUGUCUCCUGGAAGAUGAAGCUUUGUUCUCAAAUUGCUGAGUUAUUCACUAAAGGAGGAGUCACAAGCCGAAGGUUCUAUCCAUGGUUGAUUACCUUGCCUUGUCUCGUUCAAAGGGGCUUCAAGGAAGUCUACAUGCUUUGUUAUUCUCAUUUUGUUUGGGUUUCUUUUGAUCUGGUUAUCGUUCUUCUAGUUUAGAUUUUUUAAUUUAAAGGUUCUUUGUCGGUUGUUUUGUUUUCUCCUUGUCUCUCAUGUGUGGGCUGUUGUCUCCGGGAACCUGUGUUUGGGAGAAAAUGGUGGCUGCUCUUCUGUCUGCCGGGGCAAGGCCUAACUUGGUGACAGACCCGACUAAGGAAUACCUCGGCGGCUGCACAGCGGCUGAUAUUGCACAGCAGAAAGGUUACGAGGGUUUAGCAGCUUUUCUUGCAGAGAAAUGUCUUGUAGCACAGUUCAGAGACAUGAAAAUGGCUGGAAACAUCAGUGGUAACCUUGAGGGCGUCAAAGCAGAGACGUCAACAAACCCGGGGCAUUCAAAUGAAGAGGAGCAGAGCCUGAAGGACACUCUGGCGGCAUACAGAACCGCUGCAGAGGCGGCUGCACGGAUCCAGGGGGCGUUCAGAGAGCACGAGCUCAAAGUCAGGUCAAAGGCGGUGCGGUUUGCUAGCAAAGAAGAAGAGGCCAAAAACAUAAUAGCCGCUAUGAAGAUUCAGCAUGCGUUUCGAAAUUACGAGACUCGUAGGAAGAUUGCAGCCGCUGCUCGGAUUCAGUACAGGUUCCAAACAUGGAAAAUGAGGCGGGAGUUUUUGAACAUGCGGAAAAAGGCAAUUAAGAUCCAGGCUGUGUUUAGGGGGUUCCAAGUAAGAAGACAGUACCAGAAGAUAACAUGGUCGGUGGGAGUUCUUGAGAAGGCGAUUCUGAGGUGGAGACUCAAGAGAAGAGGAUUCAGAGGGCUUCAGGUUAGCCAACCUGAGGAGAAGGAAGGCACUGAAGCGGUGGAGGAUUUCUACAAGACAAGCCAGAAACAAGCAGAGGAUCGGCUAGAGAGAUCAGUGGUUCGAGUCCAGGCCAUGUUCCGGUCCAAGAAGGCUCAGCAAGAUUACAGAAGGAUGAAACUGGCUCAUGAAGAAGCUCAGCUGGGUAUGAUGUGAUGCAAGAGCUUGAUCAGAUGGCAUGGAGAGCUGAAUUUCAUAGUAAGGAGAAGUGUUGUGGUACUAUUAGUAAAUAUGUGUAAAUGACAAGGGGUAAUUUCGUCUUUUUGAAGCUGUUUUCAGAAAAGAAGUUUCAACGGUAUCAUGGUAAGAUCAAUCCUGGAGGUGGGAGAUUUUGCUUAGAGAUGUCUUGUCAUAAGUCUUUGUUUGGUAGACGGUGUUAGUUUUUGUAAUGCGUUAUGUGACUUAUAUGUUCAAUAACAAUAUAUAAGAUAUAAUAAGAAGACAAAGAAAAAGGCAAAAUACGUGAAA